AUGGCCAGCUUCUUCGACCUCAAAGCCCGCAAGGCGGCUGCCGCUUCCGCCGGCGUCGCAGACCAGAAAAGCCAACGCCAGGCCGACGCCGGGAACCAGCCAUGGGUGGAGAAAUACCGCCCCAAGACCCUCGACGACGUCACAGCCCAAGACCACACUGUCACGGUUCUGCAGAGAACGCUACAAGCCUCCAACCUCCCGCACAUGCUCUUCUACGGCCCCCCGGGCACCGGCAAGACGUCCACCAUCCUGGCCCUCGCCAAGGAGCUCUACGGACCGGAGAUGAUCAAGGCCCGCGUCCUCGAGCUCAACGCAUCUGACGAGCGCGGCAUCUCCAUCGUCCGUGAAAAGGUCAAGGACUUUGCUCGCAUGCAGCUGACCAACCCGCCGCCCUCGUCCAAGAGCAAAUAUCCCUGCCCCCCCUUCAAGAUCAUCAUCCUCGACGAGGCCGACUCGAUGACUCAAGACGCUCAGAGCGCCCUGCGCCGCACAAUGGAGACGUAUAGCAAAAUCACCCGCUUCUGCCUCAUCUGCAACUACGUCACUCGCAUCAUUGAUCCGCUUGCCAGUCGAUGCAGCAAGUUCCGCUUCAAGAGCUUGGACCAGGGCAACACAAAGAGGAGGCUGGAGGAUAUUGCCCGGGCCGAGGGGGUCUUGCUGGAGGAUGGGGCCGUCGAGUCACUCAUCAAAAGCAGCGACGGUGACCUGCGCAAAGCCAUUACAUUUCUGCAGAGCGCCGCCCGACUUGUUGGUGCCGAAACCUCCCCCAAGGACGACGACGAGCAGAUGGAUGUCGACAAGAAGCCGGUGACGGUCAAGGUCGUCGAGGAUAUUGCUGGUACAAUACCCCAAUGGACAAUCGACAGUCUCGUUAAAGCCAUGCGCCCGCGCGGCGCCGGCGAAACCUACCAAGCUGUCGCCAAGCUUGUCGAAGAAAUGGUCGCAGAUGGCUGGAGCGCAACCCAAGUAGUCACCCAGCUGUAUCAAGCUCUGACGACGGACGAAAGCAUCCCCGAUAUCCAAAAGAACAAGAUUGUCCUCAUCUUCUCCGAGGUCGACAAGAGACUCGUGGACGGCGCCGACGAGCAUUUGUCAAUUUUGGAUUUAGCCUUGAGAAUAUCGGCCGCCAUGGCAGGAAAAUAG